CCGUCGCUAAGGUCCAGUUAGCCAAGGUGGAGGAUGGGAAAAGAAUGGAGCUGUCCCAGCUCCUCAAUGAGAUCAGGGCAAACUAUGAACAGCUUCUCACCAGAAAUCAGAUAGAGACGGUGCUGUCCACAAGGAUGCAGGUAAUGAUUUCAUUCAGCCAGUCACCUUCGGGAUAAGGAGACAGUCCAUGUCUCCCCGAGUCCUGUCCCGGCCUCUCUGAGCUAGAGGAAGAUAUAACGAAGAGAAUGGACAAGGAUGAGGAGGCUCUGAAGGCAGCUCAGGCCGAACUCAAGGAGGCCCGCCGCCAGUGCCACCACCUCCAGGUGGAAAUAGAGUCUCUCCACGCCGUGGAAAGGGGCCUUGAAAACUCUCUGCAGGCCAGUGAGCAGCAUUACCAGAUGCAACUGCAAGAUCUGGAGUCGGUGGUUGACAGACUAGAGAAGGAGCUGCAGGAAGUGAGGUGUGGCAUCGAGAGGCAGCUUCAGGAGCAUGAGAUGCUUCUCAACACGAAGAUGCGCCUGGAGCAGGAAAUUGCCACCUACCGCCGCCUACUAGAACAGGAAGAGCUCAGAUAUUAUGGUUGUAUCCAAGGAGAGAAAAAAGAAGAAAAACCUACCAGGAGUAAAGUCGGCUUUCUUCUGCCCUCAGCCAUUAUAAAUGAAAUAUCUUUUUCAACGAAAGUCUCACAAAAGUACGAGAGGGAAAACGGGGAGACCACGACCAAACAGGCAGUGUUAAAUGGGAACGUGAAGGAGAGCGCGGAAGCUCGCGGCACCAUUCAGACAGAGAAAGUGGAUGAAGUUAUAAAAGAGUGGGAAGGUUCAUUCUUUAAAGAUAACCCCCGGCUGAGGAAAAAGUCUGUUUCUCUUCGAUUUGAUCUCCACUUAGCAGCCACCGAUGAAGGCUGUUUACAGAGCAGACAGGAUAAUCUGCCAGACAUUGAAGUCAGGCUCAUCAUGAGAAGAUCAUGUAGCAUCCCCUCCAUCAAGCCCCCACCAGCCACCAACUAACCCAGAAUAGUUUCUAUCAGACACUAGGAUGGACCCAGGUUGGCCAUGCCGAUGCCCAGCCCCGAAUGUAAGUUAUUCCAUGUGUAUGGAUGAUGUUAAGAUGCUGUGGGCUGUGGAUCUCCUCAGAGAACACAUAUAAUAAGAGGUAAAGUUGCUAGGCCUCCAAAGACGAGCAUAUUUUUUUGGAACGGGGAGUGCUUAAAAAUAAAUCAGAAAUUCAGUGUGGUUUCUGUUUUAUUUAUCAUCCAAAUAGUCUUUAUCCUGCUGAGUGUUAUCAGAAACUUGAAGGAUAAAGCGACUUGGUUAAGUCUGUGAUUUCCCUCCAUGGCUAAGCAUCCUCAAGAUAAUAAAACAGCUGGUCUGGAUACUCAAAGAGUCACACUGGGUUACUCUCCAUGGUCUCAGGACCACAGAACCUAAAGGGUUUGUCCUUCUAAAAAGACAGCAGGUAGGAACAAACGUGUAAGGAGUGCACUCCGUACUCUUAGGGUUUUUCCUUUUGAGACAAUCAUUUGAACCCUGGGAAUUGAGAAGUGGUCCGUCUGCGAGCAAUUCUGGAUGAAGUAUAGAGCACACCUCAAGGCUAUUUUGAUGAUUAAUAAAAUUGGGGUGUCCUAUCCUGAUUCUUUUAGAAUCAGUAUCUGAUUUGCAGGAGAGUCAUUUCGUUGAAAGAACUGUAAAAGUUGUAUUCUUUUUUUUUUUUUUUUUUUUUUUUUUGGUGUUUUUCAAGACAGGGUUUCUCUGUGGCUUUG